UGUGCUGCCGCGCGUGCGUUCAGAGAUUUUACUCUCCAGUUCGGCCUCUUCAAUUCUCAGUUCUCAAACAUUAUUCGUACAUUGGAGCUUUUCGCCCGCAGUCGAAGCUCCUACCCUUGAUAUUGACUGGAAGGUGAUCUAGGGUUUUGCGUUGCCGUAGACUCUUCAACUGAGCAAAAGAAGUGGAAAGGGUGAUAGCUGAAAGGUGGUAAAGAUGUCAGGAAUGGGAGAUGGAUACGUGGGCACUGCCCAAGAUGCUGUGCGGAUACGAAGGCUUGAGAAACAGAGGGAAGUCGAGCGGAGGAAAAUUCAAGAGCUCAAGAACAAGUCUGCUUCUGUUGGGGGACAGACUGGUCUUCUCCAAUUUGGCUCUGGCACUUCUGAGAUUCUGGACACUGCUUUUAAAAAGGAGACGGUUGGUCUUGUUACUAGAGAGCAGUAUGUUGAAAAGAGGGUCAAUCUCCGUAAUAAAAUUGAGGAAGAAGAGAAGGAGAAACUUCAGAAGUUGCAACAGGAGGAGGAGGAACUUCAAUUAGCAAAGCGAAAAAAGAGAAAAAUAAAAGUAAACUCACAUCUUUCAUUUGCUGAUGAUAUUGAAAAUAGAAGUGAUGAGGAGAAUGGGGGAAACAAAGGACAGGAGUUGAAGAGGUUUGGGAAAUUUGGCAAGGAUCCAACCGUAGAGACAAGUUUUCUGCCAGAUAGUGAGAGAGAAGCAGAGGAACAGGCUGAACGGGAAAGGUUGCGGAAACAGUGGCUUCAUGAGCAGGAACAGAUCCGAAAUGAGGCCCUUGAAAUUACUUACAGUUACUGGGAUGGAGCAGGCCAUAGGCGUGUGAUUCAGGCACGGAAAGGUGAUACCAUAGGAGAGUUUCUUCGGGCUGUUCAGCAGCAACUUGCACCUGAGUUCCGUGAGAUCCGGACAACCUCAGUGGAGAACUUGCUUUAUGUCAAGGAAGAUCUGAUCAUUCCCCAUCAACAUAGUUUCUAUGAACUGAUUGUCAACAAAGCCAGGGGAAAAAGCGGUCCGCUUUUCCACUUCGAUGUUCAUGAGGAUGUUCGGACAAUUGCUGAUGCAACAAUAGAGAAGGACGAGUCCCAUGCUGGAAAGGUGGUGGAGAGGCAUUGGUACGAGAAGAAUAAGCAUAUCUUCCCUGCUUCAAGAUGGGAGAUUUAUGACCCAACAAGGAAAUGGGAGCGUUAUACCAUUCAUGGGGAUUGAUGGGAGACCCGUUUCCUUCUUGGUUUUCUUAUUCUCUCUCUAUAUUUGUUUUCUUUUGGGUUGGGACAUUGUCUACAUGUUACUUAACAUUAGAAUAUACUGCUUGAUAAGUAAUUUUUUUAUUUUUAUUGGGGGUGGGAUUUUUUUUUUUUUUUUUUGGUGGGGGGUGGUGGGGAGAGAAGAAAAGAAUAAGAAGCUGAAUCUGUCAACUGACUUAUCAUUUUUUUACCAUCUAUAAUGAGAUAGUAAUUCUCUGUUUUGUGCA